ACUCGCUGAAGCCGAGGGCAGAGCUGGCGGAAGUGACAUUAUCAACGCGCGCCAGGAGUUCAGUGAGGUCAGGCAGGUUCGCUGUGGCGGGCGCCUGGGCCGCCGGCUGCGAAACUUCGUUUCCUCUGGCCCAUGGUGAUCUUUGCAGUGACCCAGCAGCAUCACUGUUUCUUGGUGUCAAGAUAACCCAAGGAAUUGAGGAAGUUGCUGAGAAGAGUGUGCUGGAGAUGCUCUAGGAAAAAACUGAAUGGUGAGACGAGUUCCAGCCCAAGGGUUUCUGGUUUGCCAAGAAGAAAGUGAACAUCAUGGAUCAGAACAACAGCCUGCCACCUUACGCUCAGGGCUUGGCCUCCCCUCAGGGUGCCAUGACUCCCGGAAUCCCUAUCUUUAGUCCAAUGAUGCCUUAUGGCACUGGACUGACCCCACAGCCUAUUCAGAACACCAAUAGUCUGUCUAUUUUGGAAGAGCAACAAAGGCAGCAGCAGCAACAACAGCAGCAGCAGCAGCAGCAGCAACAGCAACAGCAGCAGCAGCAGCAGCAGCAGCAGCAGCAACAGGCAGUGGCCACUGCAGCCGUUCAGCAGUCAACAUCCCAGCAGACAACACAGGGGACCUCAGGCCAGGCACCACAGCUCUUCCACUCACAGACUCUCACAACUGCACCCUUGCCGGGCACCACUCCACUGUAUCCCUCUCCCAUGACUCCCAUGACCCCCAUCACUCCUGCCACUCCAGCUUCAGAGAGUUCUGGGAUUGUACCGCAGCUGCAAAAUAUUGUAUCCACAGUGAAUCUUGGUUGUAAACUUGACCUAAAGACCAUUGCACUUCGUGCCCGAAAUGCCGAAUAUAAUCCCAAGCGGUUUGCUGCAGUAAUCAUGAGGAUAAGAGAGCCACGAACCACGGCACUGAUUUUCAGUUCUGGGAAAAUGGUGUGCACAGGAGCCAAGAGUGAAGAACAGUCCAGACUGGCAGCAAGAAAAUAUGCUAGAGUUGUACAGAAGUUGGGUUUUCCAGCUAAGUUCUUGGACUUCAAGAUUCAGAACAUGGUGGGGAGCUGUGAUGUGAAGUUUCCUAUAAGGUUAGAAGGUCUUGUGCUCACCCACCAACAGUUUAGUAGUUAUGAGCCAGAGUUAUUUCCUGGUUUAAUCUACAGAAUGAUCAAACCCAGAAUUGUUCUCCUUAUUUUUGUUUCUGGAAAAGUCGUAUUAACAGGUGCUAAAGUCAGAGCAGAAAUUUAUGAAGCAUUUGAAAACAUCUACCCUAUUCUAAAGGGAUUCAGGAAGACGACGUAAUGGCUGUCAUGUACCUUUGCCUCCCGCACCCCCCUUUUUUUUUUUUUUUUAAACAAAUCAGUUUGUUUUGGUACCUUUAACUGGUGGUGGUGUGAGAAGAUGGAUGUUGAGUUGCAGGUUGCGGCACCAGGUGAUGCCCUCUGUAAGUGCCCACCGCGGAAUGCCAGGAAGGGGCAUUAUUUGUGCAGAGAACACCGCACAGCGUUGACUGUGAGUUGCUCAUACUGUGCUGCUAUCUGGGCAGCGCUGCCCAUUUAUUUAUAUGUAGAUUUUCAACACUGCUGUUGACAAGUGGGUUUGAGGGAGAAAACUCUUAAGAGUGAAAGCCACCUCUACAAUUGAUUGGACUUUUUAAUUUUAAUGUUUUUCCCCAUGAACCACAGUUUUUAUAUUUCUACCAGAAAAGUAAAAAUCUUUUUUAAAAGUGUUGUUUUUCUAAUUUGUAACUCCUAGGGGUUAUUUCUGUGCCAGACACAUUCCGCCUCUCCAGUAUUGCAGGACAGAAUACAUGUGUUAAUGAAAAUGAAUGGCUGUACAUAUUUUUUCUUUCUUCAGAGUACUCUGUACAAUAAAUGCAGUUUAUAAAAGUGUUAGAUUGUUGUUAUGAUACCUUGUAAGAGUCAUGUGAUCAUACUGUUUUCUAAAAAGUUGUAUUUUAGAUAUAAUGCCUGAAACCA